GCCAGUUGGGUAUGUCACGUGACGUGUGACGUGCGUACCAGUAGUAACGUUAAGGCCAGAGUCAGACCAAGUCAGACAAACUGAACUCGUAUUCGCACCGACAUUUUCUUAUUCGUGCGUGUAUAUAGAAAAAAAAAACCAACUUCAAUGUCAAUCAAUUUACUUUCUCUUAAAAAUAAUUUACAUUAAACAAAUUUAUUGUCUUUUGAAAUAUUGCAAAAAAAAAUAUUUUCCAUUAUUUUCUAUCGUUCAGAAAAAACUUCUCUCGUGAUGGAAAUGUAGAGAGAGAGAGAGAGAGAGAGGUUGUUGCCGGUUUUUAACACGUGCAAGGAAAAAAAAAGAGAGAAUCCCAAGAAAUAAUGUCGCGAAAGAUGGAGACGCUUGCUUUGGUAAAAAAUAUUACCAAGCACAAAGAUACAUCAAAGAACCCCAGGUGAUCUUUGGUGGGUAGAAAAUUCUCAAAUUUCUUCCGAAAAGAAUCAUCAGCCUCAAUCGACAAAAUGGAAGAAUCUCAAAGUUACGAAGAUCCUGACAUUCGUGAUCAGUCAUCAAAGCACGUUAUUCGUAAACUAUUCGACAUGAUACCAGCUCGAGUAGUUCUUUAUUUGCUCUCAUUUACUGGAUUCCUUGUCUCUUUUAUGAUGAGAAUGGACAUAAAUAUAGCAAUAGUGGCCAUGGUAAAAGAUCCAAAUUCAGAGGACGAUAGCACAACAUCAUCUUUAUGUUAUGCAUCAUCAUCAUCAUCUAACAUUUCUUCUUUUAACUUGGAUAAUAAUUCAACAAAAAAAAUUCCCAAGGAUGUCAGUGGAGAAUUAGAUUGGAGUCCAGCGGUUCAAACGACAAUUAUAAGUACAUUUUAUUGGUGUUACAUUCUUUCCCAAGUUGUUGGUGGAGUUCUUACACAAUAUUUUGGCACAAAAACAGUUUUUGGUGGAUCACAAUUACUUACUGCAAUUUGUAGUUUACUAAUACCAUUCGCAACAGAGUUUCAUUAUGGAGCUAUGAUAGCACUUCGAAGCAUUCAAGGAGCUGCCAGUGGACUAACUUGGCCUGCCAUGUACGCAAUCGUUGGACAUUGGAUACCGCCUGUAGAACGUUCUCGUUUCAUGUCUUCCUUCCAAGGGUUCAGCAUCGGCAUUGGCUUGACCUAUCCACUAUGCGGAUUUCUCAUUGCCCACUUUGGAUGGCGUACCGUUUUCUAUACAACAGGAACCAUUGGCGUUAUUUGGUGUAUCUUUUGGUUCCUUCUUGCCUUUGACACACCUGCCUCUCAUCCAAGGAUUUCCCAACAAGAACUCCAGUACAUUCAAGGAAGCGUCAGUUCGCAGGUCAUCGGUGAAAAUCAGGACUUGCCAGUUCCAUGGAAAUCAAUUCUCACUUCGUGGCCUGCUUGGUCCAUAGGGAUAACAACAUUUGGUAGGAUAUGGGUGCACUACAUCUUCAUUAUUCCUGGACCAAAAUACAUGAAAACCGUCCUAGGAUUUAGUAUUCAAGCUAAUGGUAUUUUAAGUGGAGCCCCCUUUAUCUGCAGUUACUUAAGUUCAGUAGUCUUCUGUUACAUUGCAGACUUACUAGUUAGGAGGCAAAUAAUGACUUUAACUAAUGUUCGAAAAGUAUUCACUGCUCUCUCACAAAUUGUUCCAGGGAUCUUAGUUAUUCUAAUAGGUUACUUAGGUUGUGACAUUAUUUUAGCGCUUAUAGUUUGGUUUAUUGCUGUUACUUUAAUAACAGCCUCUUAUGCUGGUGCAAUGGCGAAUAUUGUGGAUAUUGCACCAAAUUUUGCGGGUCCCGUUCUUGCCUUUGCACAAACAAUUCAUAUGACAGCUAGUUUUCUGUCACCAUUAGCAGCUGGAUUUAUGAUAAAAGACAGUUAUUCUUUGGACGCUUGGAGAACAGUUUUUGGUGUCACUGCUGUAAUAGCUUGUGGUACAUAUAUCGUGUAUCAAAUUUUUGGUACAGCUGACAUUCAAGCGUGGAAUUAUCCCGAUCAAAAAUUCCCUCCAUCCGUACAAGAAGAUUGGCAACCAUUAAAGGAAUCUCCUAGUAAAAAUGGAAAAAUUGUUUCAAGUCGAUCAAAUUUGUCCAAAGAUUAAUUAUAUGUAAAAAAAACGAUAAAUCAUACACGUAAACGUAAUUCAUCCAGAAUCGAAUAUUAAGAUAUAUUUUAUGAACGCUCAGUAUCGAAAUAGAAGACAUUUUAGAACUCAUUUGUUAAUACUAAACACGUAUAUAUGUAAUAAUAAAAUGGAAAUAUUUUUCCACUAAACUGUUGUGAGAAAUGUUUCAUAAACGUGAAUCAGAAUUAAUUUUAUAAUUGACAUUAGAACAUUAACAUAUAAUAUAUAUAGACUUUAAUAUUCCGUUAUAUAUAUAAAUGCAGAUAAAACUAUUUCUCGUAAUCUUUUAUCAUUCCAUGUGAAUAAUUUACGACAAUGGGAGAACCAAAUAUGUGUAAUUAUAUUUUGCAAUUGUGUGAAGAUUUUUCAUUUCUUUUAAUAUAACUAGAUAGUUUAAAAUAUAUACGAGUAUUAUUAAAUAAUUGAAAAUUUUAGAAAAAAAAAAACAAAAUUUGCAAAAAUUAUUAGUUCGCACAAUUUGCAAUUUACAAUAUUAGCACAACUAUAAAAACAUUAUAAAGACAACUGUGAAAAAAUAACUGAUUUAGAAUAAAAUUUAAUCUACUCUUAAAAUUUGUAAAAAUUUAAAUUUUUAUAAUCAGUGAAUUGUGUUUUUGAAGUUCUAAAUUUUUAGUUUUAAUGAUAAAUAGUUAAAAAAUUUAUAAUUUAAAAAAAUGGCUACUUUCUAAAUGGUAGUUAAAAUUAUUAGAAAAAUUUGAAUUCAGAGAGUAGAUUUUUCUUUGCUUGUAAAAAAAAUGUAAUAAAAAGUAUUUUACACCUGACAUAAAAAAAAAUUCAAAUUUUGAAACAUAAUUUAAUCAUUAUUAAAAUCAUUUAAUCCAAUUUUUAGAAUUAUUUUUUCCAAAAUAUUUCAAAAAUAAUUAAAUGUAAUAAAAAAUUCAGACACUCAAAAAUUUUUCAAUUAUUACUUAAAUUUUCUUUAUUCUUUAUUCAAAUUUUCAAAAUAUCUAAAUUUUUUUAUUUUUCUUAUUAUAUGUAAAAAUAUUAGUGUCAUAUACUUUUUAAAAGUCAAUGAAAAGAAAGAACAAUAUUCAAUCAAAAAAAAAAGUUAUUUAACAGUGUACUUACAUGACAAUGUAGUGAAAUGAAAAAAAAAUGGUAUAAUAUCUUGUGUAUUUUACGUAUUAUAGGACCGAGUAUAUGAAAAAAUGAAAAUAAUACAAUCGAUGACGAAAAAAAAGAAUCUUACAUGACAGAUUUAAAUAUUAUGUGAAAAUAUAAUCUAUUGAGUGCCUUCCAAAAUCUCAGAACGAUAGUAAACAAUUUUGCGAAUUGUGUAAAAUCUUGUAAAAAAAAAUAUUCCUUUCUAUUAUACGAUCGAACACGUUUAUUAUUUCUGAAGCUUUGGAAUUGCAAAUUACAAAUUAUAAACAAUAGUUUAUGACAAAUAUAUAUAAAUUCAAUUUUAAAGGACAAAAAAAAUUAUUCUUUAAUCUUACAUUAAUAUAACUAUAACAAUUCUUCUAUUCUUCUGAUUUAUUAUAACUGUAGCAAAUUUAUUCUUGAAUAUAAAGAGAAAAGAUUUAUUUUAAGAUAUAAUUUUGAUCUUUAAUUUUUAUUAACAAUUUCAAUUUAAAAUUAAAUAACAAAUGUAAAUUGUAAAAAUAAAUGUUAACUUUUUCUUCAUUUAAGCGCACAUUUCUUGUAAAGUAAAUUUUUUCUCUAAAAUAGUGAUUACUGGGAAUUUUUUUCUAAUUUCUAAUUAAAGUCAAACAAUUAAUGUUAAGGAUGAA